AUUCGUGAUCAAUCUAGGUUGUUUUUUUAAAUGUAUGACCAAUUCUUGAUGUCACGUGUUACCUGACAUGAUCAUAUGAUCGCGUCUGAAAUUUACUGAAAUUGAUCGACGUCGAGGGAGUCAAGGGAGUGUCUUUCGAAUUUUGUUUCUCCGCACAACGAUGUUUCAACAAUUAUUGCUCCUCUUUUCCAUCCUCGCCGCAGUUUAUGCCAAUGGCGAAUUUGCCAUUCUUCAUUCACCUAACAGCGUAGAAUUCAUUGGAAAUAGGGAGAUCGAACAAAGCAGCCUUAAGGAAGUCUUGACGGCUGGUCUCGGUUACACUGGAAAACAGAAAGAUUCGGAACACUGCAUUGCCAUACGGGAUCCAUUUUCGAUGCCAAAGGCAUUGGUUGCUAUAGCGAUUGAUGGAAUAGAGAAGUUGCCUGUUGUAAAAGAUAAAACUAAAAUUAUUUAUCCUUUAAUUGUGGAUGAGGCGGAAGAAACUACUUGGCAAGCGAUUAGGAGCAGAGUGGAGGAGCGAAGCAACGAUGACACAUUAGUCAGAAUUAAUUUGAGUGAUGGUGUUGAUGCUCUUGGCCAGUCGGCACUUGGUGAGUUGAAGCCUGCUAAUAUGGAAAAAUUGAAGUUCCUGAGUUCAGAAGUUGAGGAGGAUUGCAAGUUCGUCGAGGAAAUACAGCUUCUCCAUGCUAUCGCCGACAAUGCCUCCUCAGCGAAGAAACACGAUUCUGGCACGGAUGUUUAUUGGCUAGUGAUAACCUCAUUCAAUCCAGUCUUGGAACUGCAUGGAAACAAUUCUGCACCUGCCAAAGAGGCGUAUACCUUACUCAGUGACGCAAUAGAACACGUUUCCAAGGCCUUCGUGAAUACUUAUGAUGGCAAAAUUAUCAUUGCGGCUUUCACGAACGACGCUUGGAAAGUUAGGAACGCUCGCUCCGUUCUCGAAAGACAGCGUAGAGACACUCCGGCUUAUAAGACUAAAAAUGUUAAAACCACUGGUGGUGCCAAGGGAGCGCCAAUCAGUUCAGUUAACGAUAAUUUACUCGUCAAGCAAGACGACAAGCAAGACAAGCAAAAUGAUAAAAAGGGUGAUGAUGGGGAAAAAAAUAGUACUACUAUUGCGCCCAACACUGUUGAACGUACAGACGUUCAGGCUAAUAGCGAGACAUCGGACAAGUCCGACGAAGAUCAUAAGGACAAUAACAUAUAUAAUAACACAAUAGGACAGGCUGACUUUUCUGGCCGUGCGAAAGUUUACAACGAGGAUUAUCCAGUCAUCUUCAAUAUAAUACUAUGGUUCUGCGUCGUUUUCUUCUUUUCACUCUUAGCCAUUUGUAUCGCCAUCGCCGAUAUGGAUCCAGGACGAGAUUCCAUUAUCUACAGAAUGACGUCGAAUCGAAUGAAGAAAGAUAAUUAAAUGUAAAUACACACACAUAAAUACAUAUAUACAUAUAUUAUAGUAUAUAAGUAAUAAAUUUUGUAAUAUAUGUUUCUGUGCAAAAUGUAGCUCAUUGGAGCAUCUGUAUAUAUGAUUUAUAAUUUAAUUCCAGUGUAUUCAAAUAAGGAAGUAGAAUUUUAUUGUGUAUUUCUUUAUUCUGAAGAUUCUUUAAAUUCAAUGAUCCAAGUUCGUCAGAGCUAUUAAAUAGCAAGGAUAUACAUAACUAUAUCAUAUUAUUGAAACAUAAAAGUAUUGUAUCAUUCAUUGUACAAUUUCUUCAAGUUUGUAUAUUUCUUGAAGGCUAAAGGCUGUUCUAAAUAUAACAUAAUCAUCUAAAUUAAA